AUGGAUCAAGGAAUCCAUUCAUCGAAAAAUUCGGUUUCUGCGCCUUUAGAUCAUCUGAUUGACCAGGGAUCGCCAACCCGUGAAGACGAUCAUCAUUCCGAGGCCGAUGAUGAAGAAGAUGAGGUGAAGAACGCUUUUAUUGGUCGGGAAGGAUCGUUGACGCCUUCUGGAUUAGCCCACAAUUCGCAUCAUUCUGUAGGUCAACUAUAUUAUUUUGGGUACUGUUUUCAGCGAAUUCUAUUUUCAAGGGACUUAAAGUUGGCCGUCAGCGGAGCCAUUGCUCCGUUUGCUAGAUAUCUCGCGGCAGAAAGACGUGAGCUUGUUGAUGUUCUUGGCGUAAGACUUGUGGUCCGAGAAACUUUGAAAACCAACUUCUGGAUCAGUAUUGCAAAAGAAGUUUGUCAGAAAUUUGGAUGGGAAUACAAUAAGAAGAACGAAAAGAGGAUUCGAGACUUGUACAAGAGGAUGAAGGUGAAGGCCCGGAAGAAACUGAUCUCGGGAGCGUCGUUAGAUGAAGUGAGUUCAGCAGAAAAUCGUUAAAUGAGGAUAUAUUAUUGUUGAGGUACAUAUUCUAUGCCCAAAUUAUUUUUUUCAGAUUGAUCGUGAUGUUCUGCUCGCUCUUGGUCGUGAAUAUGUGUUUGCUGGUUCCAGAACUCGAUGGGUAGUGGAUUCCGAUGAUCAACCUGACCACCCACCAGAUUAUGAUGAUGUAGGUUGAUUUCAAGUCUAUAGAUUAUAUUAUUUUAGUUGUCAUCGGCUCAUUCAUGCGUUGAAUAUGGAGAUGAUUCAGAAUCACGUCAAGAUGAUCGUCAGCCCCGACUAGAUGUCGAUGAAAUGUUGAAGAUCGUGGGGUCUUGUGUGGAACAUGAACUUAAUUUUAGUGUGAAAAACGGUUUUAUUUGUUUUGAGAAGGUGGGUUUAAUCCCAGAAAAGGAUAUCGUUAUUCGAAUUCCCUUGGAAAUGGUUGGGAAACGGGUCUAG